AUGGGCUGGGUAGGAGCAGGUGUAGCGAUCGCGACCACAGCUUACUUUUUCUAUCGAUACCCCCCUCGCAGCCGGGCUGAGCCACAUUCUCUUGCCCCUCCGGAGCCCAAACCCGAGACGCCCCUCGCCGCUACGUCGGACGCACCUGUACAGGAAAAGCAUGAUUCAAGGAGCCCAACACCACCGAUAGACUCAGAGGAGGACACCCAAAGCACGCCCAAGGCGUCCGCUUCGAGCGCCCCGCUCCCCGUCUUUGCCGUUCCCGAGCUUAACCUCGAAAGCGAGGGCAGCACAUCACAACCCGCAACGAUGCCGUCUAUCCCCCCACCUACAAGUGAGGUGAACGGCCAAUCAUCACUUGAAGACCGUCGUUAUGAAGGACACACCUCUUCGUCGCAGUCACCAUCUUUGUCGGCCCCCUCUCAACCAAAGCAACCAUCCGUGCCUCGUUCCGCACCCGCUAGCAGCUCAAGUUUAAUGCCUCCUCCCCCAGCGCCCAGGCCGACACCUCAGCCAAACCGAGACCCCAGACUGCAACCUCCGCGCCUCAGUGGAUCCUCGCUCGGCCCACCCCCAUCAGCCGCCGCCUCCCAGCGUGGUGCACCCAUGUCCGGCGUUCGUCAAGUCAACAGCACUCUUGCCCCGACACCAGUUUCCCUCAAGAAGGCUAGCAAGAGGGUAAUCCUGGAACCGGGGUUCUCGCCACUUGACUGGGCUGCACGGGCUGCAAACCCCAACAAUCAACUGCGCGGGAAAGAUCUCCCCCCAGGUCUCUUGCGGGUCACACCGUCCAUGUUGCGGCAACAACACGGUCGUAAGGGCCGGGACGCUUGGACUUCCUAUAAUGGCAAGGUUUACAACAUUUCGCCCUAUGCUCCCUAUCAUCCGGGUGGAAAGGGUGAGCUCCUCCGUGGUGCAGGCAAGGACUCCGGGCAACUGUUCAUGGAGAUCCACCCCUGGGUCAAUUGGGAUGGAAUUCUAGGAGAGUGUCUCGUUGGCAUCCUGGUUUCGGAGAAUGACAUCCAGACCGAGAACGCCCUGGAUGCCAUGGACUGA